CUUUCCACUCGCCCGGCGGUUUGCCGAACUACUUUUCCCAGGAGGCGUCGCGGCCGCGCCGCGCCACAUCCGGUUGCGAAGAUGGCGGCUUUCUAGCGAGUCGGAAACCCAGUCGGAGGGAGGCUUAGGCUACGCUAAUUCCUUGGGUUGUGAGGACCGCAAGGCGCUCAGAGACCAUCCCUGGCAGCCCGCACCCAUUGCCCAGUUUGCCACUCAGGAGUCAUGGAGGUGGUAGAGCCCAGCAGUCCCACUGAAGAAGAAGAGGAGGAGGAGGAGGAGGAGGAGGAGCAGUCAGUGGAGCCAAGACCCCGCACACGCUCCAAUCCUGAGGGGGCUGAGGACCGGGCACUGGGAGCCCAGGCCAGUGUGGGCAGCCGCAGUGAGGGUGAGGGUGAGGCGGCCAGUGCUGAUGAUGGGACCCCCAACUCUCUGGGAGCUGGCCCCAAGCCCUGGCAGGUGCCCCCACCAGCCCCUGAGGUCCAGGUGCGGACGCCAAGGGUCAACUGUCCAGAGAAGGUGAUCAUCUGUCUGGACCUGUCGGAGGAAAUGUCACUGCCAAAAUUGGAGUCAUUCAAUGGCUCCAAAACCAAUGCUCUCAAUGUCUCCCAGAAGAUGAUUGAGAUGUUUGUGCGGACAAAACACAAGAUUGACAAAAGCCAUGAGUUUGCACUGGUGGUUGUGAAUGACGACACUGCUUGGCUGUCUGGCCUGACCUCUGACCCCCGUGAGCUCUGCAGCUGCCUCUAUGACCUGGAGACAGCCUCCUGCUCCAACUUCAAUAUGGAAGGUCUCUUCAACCUCAUCCAACAGAAGACUGAGCUGCCAAUCACGGAAAACGUGCAGACGAUCCCACCCCCAUAUGUGGUCCGUACCAUCCUUGUCUACAGCCGCCCACCCUGCCAGCCCCAGUUCUCCCUGACUGAGCCCAUGAAGAAAAUGUUCCAGUGUCCAUAUUUCUUCUUCGACAUUGUUUAUAUUCACAAUGGUGCCGAUGAAAAGGAGGAAGAGAUGAGCUGGAAGGACAUGUUUGCCUUCAUGGGCAGCCUGGAUACCAAGGGCACCAGCUACAAGUAUGAGGUGGCACUGGCUGGGCCAGCCCUCGAGCUGCACAACUGUAUGGCUAAGCUGCUGGCUCACCCAUUACAACGGCCCUGCCAGAGCCAUGCCUCCUACAGCCUGUUGGAGGAGGAGGAUGAAGCCACUGAGGUUGAGGCCACUGUCUGAACCAUCCCUGUGCAUCCAACCUUGUAAACCCUUGGCUUACGAGUGCUGGGGUUUUUGUUUGUUUUUAAAUAUGUUUUUAUUAAUUUUUAGAGAGAGAGGGAGAGAUAGAAACAUCUAAGUGAGAGAUACAUCAA